AUGGAGAAGAUGAAAAAACGUUGGAACUUUACAGCAGUGUACGGUGCAACUGACCCUGCAGAUUAUGAAAAGUUCUGGCAGGAGGUUGAUGAUAUUCGUUUGAUGUUGACGGAUCCUUGGUUGAUAGGUGGAGAUUGGAAUGCAGUAUUGUAUCCCAAUGAAAGAAAUAACUCUGGUGGCUGUACUAGGAGUAGAAGGUGUUUCAGGAAAUUUAUUAACAAUCACAACCUCAUUGACAUUCCUAUGUCAGGUAACACUUAUAAGCCUCCAUUUAGGUUUGAAUACUAUUACUUGAGUCAUCCAGAUUUUUUGGAGAACAUGAGAGUAUGGUGGAAUAACCUAACUUUCUUUGGAAGUCCAAGUUUCAAUCUAGCUAAGAAACUACAGGCACUGAAAUUUUUCAUUAAGAAGUGGGGAAGGGAAACUUUUGGUUCUUUGCAGAUUGAAGUAGAUAACUUGGAAAAGCUUAUUGAUGUUUACGAUAGUUUGGAGGAGAUAAAUGCUCUGAAUGAGGAUGAUUUUACAUCUAGAGAGACUACAAAAGUGCAACAUAACAAAGCAUCUUUAAACCUUGCAAGGAAGUGGCACGCAAGAACAAAGGGACAGUGGCUUGCAGAUGGUGAGAGAAAUUCUAAGUUUUUCCAUAAGAAUGCAUCUUACAAUCAAACAGUGUAUUCAAUAAAUAGUCUCUUGAUAAAUGGUGUAAUCAGUCAUGACAAAAACCUUAUCAAUGAAGAGGCUAAGAGGUUUUAUGAGAAUGUUUUUACUGAAAGUGUUGGUUAA